AUGGUGGGGGAUUAAAAACACACGGAAUGUAUUAUUUUGGCGCCAUAUGAAUAAACCUCAGGCGCCAAAUGAAAUUUUUUUUUUGAGUCUCAUCUGCCAAAUUUUAAUCCCUAAAUCUAAGUUACCCGAAAAAUUUCUCUCAGCCUCCAUCUCUCACUCUCGUCUCGUCUCUCCGCCUCACGAAGUCUCCAUCUCUCACUCUCAUCUUUGAGCUUCAUCUUUGAGCUUCCAACCCAUUCCCCUUCAUCACCGUUCAUCACUGCCUCACUCUCCAUCUCAUGUCUGAGCUUGAAUCCAAACACCUUCAUCACCGUUCACGAACCCAAACACCUCAUACCCAGAAUACCCAGAUGGCUUCUCCUUCUCCGUAACAGCUACUUUUUUCUUCUCAUACGGUCAGAGCAGGAGGAGACCUCAAGAUUGACCUGACUCUCACUGGUUUUGUGGUGAAGAAGGACUUGUUCAUCGCUUUGUUGCUUCAGCGAAUGGACUGCGAUAACGACAAAAGUGCACAAUGGGGUUGGCAAAAGGAUAGUUAUUUCCAAAAGGAUCCAAAUUACGUCAUGUCUGAAGGUCUUUGGAAUGGAGUGGCUCAGAAUGAAGAAGAUAUUUCUUAUAUGUUUGAUGAGGAAACAACCCCAGUUAAGGCCUGCAUGGAUUUGGAAUACCAUGUUGACCAUAAAGAUACUAUGAACAAGGAAGUUGAAGAAUGUAGGGAGUCCUUUUCACAAAUGAAGAGGCGCCGGAUGCUACAGUUUACCAAUGAUGACUUUGAUAACUCCCUUCUCUAUGAUGAGAUUUCUUCCGUCUUCCUUAAAUCAAAUGAGGUUGAUUCACUUGAGGAGGCUUUACCUUCUGCAUCUGAUUGGAUCUCUAGAUUUACAGAAGAUACAUCUGCGUCUGCCUCUGGAUAUGAGACCCUGGAUCAUUCAGAUGAAUGGAUUACUGAUUGCCUUAAUGAUAAUGAGAUGCAUUUCAGCUCUGAUACUAUGUACACGAAACUUUGUCUUCUCUUGCAACGUGUACCUUUUUUCUUUUACUAUUGUUUUCUGGUCUACAUUUAUCUCCUCGAUCGCUCUCAUCUCAUGUAUACUUUGUUUGGUGGUGUAGAGUUUUGUGAGAUUGCACCCGAGUAUGAAAAUAAUUUGCCACAACAACGUGUUUCUACUCCACAGAAGAUAGUUUUCAAAGGUAGGUAG